AUGAAUAAUCAAUAUGAUAAUCUUUGUGUAGGUGAAGGAGGAGAAGACAAAGUAGGUGGUGGUGGUGGUGGUGGUGGUAGUAGCGGUGGUGCUCUAGGAUGGCGAUCUCAUCAUCAUUAUGAUGAUGUUGAUGAUAAUAAUUCGAAUGGCAGCACCAGAAACAGCAACAAUAUGAUUAGAGAUCAACGUAAUUCAAGUAAAACGAAAAAUUAUCCAUAUUUUACAAUUAUUUUAAGACAAAAAUUACCUAUCCAACUAAUAACUAAUGGUAGUAAUAAUGAUGAAACAAACAACAAAAUGGUGGCCACAACAACCACUGGUGGUAGUGCUGAAAAUGAUGAUGGACAGAAACAACGAAAACGUUGUAAAAAUCAACAAAAUUUAUUGAAUGAUUUUGAAUUUACAACUGCAUGGCAAAUUUGGCUACUGAAUGAUGUGAAUGAAAAUUCAUUUGGUGAUUGGAAUGUAAAACGAUUUGGUAUGGCAACAAAAAUGGCACGAACAUUUUGGUCAACGUAUUCACAAUUACAGCAACGAUUAUCAUCGACAAAUGAUGAUAAUAAUCUAUUGUCCACUGUGAUGAUAUUUCGUGAUUCUAUUGAACCAAAAUGGGAAGAUCAAUGUAAUGCUGGUGGUGGACGAUGGUUUUUUGAUAUUAACUACGUCCAUUCAUCAUCACAAUCAUCAUCGUCAUCAUCAUCAUCAUAUCAGGUGAAUCAGCAACAAUCAAUCAAUCAACAAUUGGAAAAUUUUUUCAUAAGUAAAAAUUAUUGGACCGAAUGUUUACAAUUAAUCAUGAGUGGUUCAUUAGGCGAUUAUGAUUGGAAUAUUGUUGGUAUGAUAUUGAAUUUAAAACCAACCAAAUAUCGUAUAUCAUUAUGGAUACGUUCAUCAACAAAUUUUGAUCAAAUAAUUGAAUUGGGUAAACAACUCCGUAAACGUUUAAAUUUACAAUGUCAGAUAAAAUUUGAAUUACAUACAGAAAAUGAUGUUGUAAACAGCAAUUCUGGUUCAUCAUCAGCCGCAUCGAUUACGGCCAGAUUCAACAAUAGUGGUGGUGGCUGCAGUAGCUCAACCAAUGAUGCUCAAUAGUUCAUUGUGUUCAAUGGAGAAAUAUUAAUCGGAUGAUUGAAAUAGGAAUAUCGAUAUUUGAUAAACAAAGAAAAAAAAAUUAUCAAUAAAUUGAUUGAUUGAACAAAGAAUUGAUUAAAAUUUCCAUGUUGUA